CGUCAGAAGUUUGCCUCCAAAUUGUUAAAUUGGAUAAUUAUCUCAAUUAUGAAUUAAUUAUGACGUAAAAUUAAUUUCGUUAAUUAAUAGUAUUAUUUUUAAGUCGUAAUAUUAUCAUUCAUAUAGUAUUCUAAUUCAUAAAUCACAUAUUUGUUUAUUAUAUAUAUAUUUUACCAACAGUUAAUACAAAAAUUUUUUUGCGCAUGCGUAUUACAUUUUCUGUAUACACAAUGAUCGCUUAGCGCCAGUAUUUAAAACAAAGUACGUACUCAGCAGUUUACUUUACAAAAGUUUCCUUGAAUUUUUCAUCAAAUGUACAUCAACUUCGGGCUUCACCAUUUUAAUGACAAUUUGUAUGUAACUUACUAUACAAUUUGAUGUCAAUUUACUACCCGAAUUAGAAUGCACAUUCACUUAGAGAUAAAUAGAAAAAAGUUGUCAAUUUUCAGACAAAUUUGUACAUCAAUUUAUUGUCAUUUUGAAUUGAAAAAUUGUUGAAUAUUUGUUACCCUCAAAUUGCUGCAACUCAUACAUUACCGUGAUUAAAAUUAAAAAUGCCCUGUGCAUAAUUUAUUGCAAAUAAUUGUGUAAUUCAACGUAAGAAAUUAUUUCAUUUAAAAAAAUCCUUAAAUCCAGGGAGAAUCUAGGGAUAUAUUAAAGUCGCGGGAAACUUUUUCCAUUUAGAAAGUUGUUCCCUGUAUUUCAUCAAAUCCACAGGUUCCCGAAAAUUUCAUCCCGUGUCUGCAACUCGACUCGUAGUUUGUUUUGCAGUCACGGGCCGUAGUAUGAACCGUGUAGAUAAACGCUACUCAAAUAUACACAUGCUAAUAUAAAAUAAAAAAAUUAUCUAUCGUAUUCACAAAACAAAUAUUCUACUACAAAAAAUCUCACGUUAAUAAAUGGAUGAUUCUAAAAAAAAACCAUCAAGACAAGUAUAAUUUAAUGUUUUUUAAUACACGGCUUACUAUCUCCAUUUAAUGGUUACCAUACUACUGAGAUUAAUUAAAAUAAACCGGCAAAAAUCUAACCGAAAUCAUGAGUAUUUUACAAAAUGUAUUUCGAACCGCUUACAACGUUACGAAAGUCUCAAAAGUUAAAUUAAAUAUUUUAACAAACAAGCAGACAUUCUCAGUGUUACGAUGCAUGACAGUAUUUUCAAAAAAUAAAAACACUGUCGCUAAACAAUUAGCACCUUCUACUAGGAAUUUGUGUUCUGACGUAAGUACAGACCAACAAAUAUGUAAUAUAGGCACCAUAGGUCAUGUGGACCAUGGAAAAACAACUCUCACAGCAGCCAUCACCAAAGUUUUGUCAGAAGAAUACAAUAAUUGUAAAUAUGUUCCGUUUGAUCAAAUUGACAAAGCUCCUGAGGAAAAAGCACGUGGAAUCACCAUAAAUAUUGCCCAUGUUGGUUACUCAACAAAAUUACGAAGGUACGCGCACACAGACUGUCCAGGUCACAGUGAUUUCAUCAAGAAUAUGAUCAGCGGAGCAUCACAAAUGGACGGGGCAAUUUUAGUGGUUGCUGCUGAUGAUGGAUGUAUGCCACAGACAAAGGAACAUCUUUUUUUAGCCAAGCAACUUAAUGUUAAACAUAUAGUUGUCUUUAUUAAUAAGGCGGAUCUUGUAGAUGAUGAACUACUGGAUCUGGUGGAAAUCGAGGUCAGAGAACUUCUGAGUGCUCUAGGGUUUGAUGGAUUGGCUACACCGGUCGUACGAGGCUCGGCACUUCUAGCUUUGAAGGGAGAGAAAUCAAAAUUCGGAGUUCCAUGUAUUAUGGAGUUGAUGGACACUAUAGAUUCAUAUGUGCCGACCCCGACGAGAGAUUACACUGCGCCUUUUCUAUUACCAAUUGAUAACGUGAUAAAUGUACCUGGAAGAGGUACGGUAGUCGUGGGGACUUUGAAGCGAGGAAUAAUUAAAAAAAAAUCACCUGCGGAUUUGUUGGGUUUCAAUCAAGAAACUCGUACCAGUGUUGGAGAUAUUCAGAUUUUUCAAAAAAGCGUACCACAAGCUCUUGCUGGAGAAAACAUUGGUGUUCUUCUAAGAAAUGUUAAAUAUGGCAAUGUUUUUAGAGGGAUGAUUCUCUGCCAAAAAGAUUCAGUAGUUUCAACAAAUCAUUUUGAAGCACAGAUGUUUUUAAUUGAAACUUCGGAAGGUGGACGACAUAGACCUUUACCGGCUUCAGGUCAUUGCACACCAAUUUAUAGUUCAACAUGGUCAGUACAAUGUCGCUUUGAUUUGAUGCUCGACGAAGGAAACAACAUGCUGAUGCCUGGCGAGCAGUGUUCUACAAAACUGACUCUUAUCAAACGAAUGCCGAUGAUGAUAGGCCAGACUUUUACAGUUCGAGAAGGAAGAAAUACAGUAGCAACUGGCAUAAUAACAAAAUUACUAAAACCUUUGGUAGUUGAUAAAAGAAAACUAAAUCUACUUGUACUGCCUGGAUUAAAAAGCAAACAAUAAAAAUUUUGUAAAUAAAAUAAAUAAAUAAAUCGAAAUAUU